AUGAGUGAUGAACUCGAAGACUUUUCCUUUAAUAAGCCGGAUGUUACAGCCAGCAGUUGGCUAAAUCAUUUUGAAUCUCUGCACACAAAGCACUUAAUAGGCCCUGAACAGAUUAAUAUCUUACAAACGCUUAAAACUCUUGAAAUGGAACCCACAAAUAAUUUACUCGAUGAACCUAUUUCAGAAUACGAAAUUAUCAACGCUGCGAGGAAAUUAAAAAACAACAAAUCCGCGUACUCUGAUAAAAUAAGAAACGAAAUGCUCAAAUACAGUACAAACAUACUGUUACAAGGAUACAAAAAACUUUUUAACCUCAUACUAGAAACUGGUAGCUUCCCAGAUCAAUGGUGUGAAGGUCUGAUUACGCCAAUCUUUAAGUCUGGUGAUAAAACUAACCCCAACAACUACAGAGGAAUUUGUGUGACAAGCUGUUUCAGCAAAUUCUUCUGUAUUAUCCUUAAUGACCGCCUAAGCAAUUUUAGUUACCAACAAAGCUUAAUACAUCCAUCGCAAAUUGGAUUUCAGUCUGGUCACCGAACUGCAGACCAUAUUUUUACUUUGAAAACACUAAUUGACAAACAAGUAGAACAAAACAAAGGUAAAAUUUAUGCAUGUUUCGUGGAUUUUAAAAAAGCCUUUGACUCUAUUUGGCACGAAGGUCUUUUUUUGAAAUUACUUGAAAAUAAAAUUGAUGGUCAGUUUUACAGUCUUAUUAAGAGUAUUUAUUCUAACUCGAAAUGUGCAAUCAAACAAAACAACAUCAGAACCGAUUUUUUCACUUAUUCUAAAGGUGUACGUCAAGGAUGUAUACUAAGCCCCCUUCUUUUCAAUAUUUAUAUAAAUGAAAUAACGACCUUAUUUAAAAACACCAAUUCGGACCCAUUUAUACUGCCAAACGGAACAGAACUGAGCUGUCUUCUUUACGCAGAUGAUCUAAUUAUACUAUCUAAAUCAAAAUUCGGCCUCCAGAAGUGUCUGGAUAAACUCCAUAGCUGGAGUAAGAAGUGGCUAAUGGAGGUAAACCUAAAGAAAACCCAAAUUAUGAUUUUUGAAAAAAGGAAAACAAAAAAGCGAAGCCAAUUUUUACACUAGGAAAUGAAAAGAUAUCUGUUGUACAGGAAUACUGUUACCUAGGCAUAAAGCUUAAUCACAAUGGUAAUUUUUCCUUGGCCAUCAAACAGCUGAGUGAAAAAGCCCUGCAUGCGCUCUAUAGCAUCAGAAGACGGCUCAACCUACACCAACUUAACCCCAAAUCUGCUAUUAAAAUUUUCGACAGCAUAAUUUGCCCCAUUCUUCUGUACAAUGCAGAAGUUUGGGGUGUAUAUAUCAAAAACGAUUUUAUCAAUUGGGAUAAACUGCCGGUUGAAAAAGUACACUUAAAAUUCUGUAAGCUCUACUUAGGCGUUGGCAGAAAGACGAGUAAUAUCGCCUCAAGAAGCGAACUUGGAAAAUAUCCAUUAAUUAUCAAUGUAUUCAAAAGAAUCUUCAAGUACGUCACUCAUCUUAAUUCACUUCCUGAAACAACCAUUUCAAAACAAGCUUUCCUCAUAUCAAAAGAUUUAUUUAUUAAAAAGAGCAAUUCUUUCUAUGGAAAAGCAAUGGAUAUAGUGAAAACCUUGAAUUGUAAUAGAGCAAUCCCUGACCUAGAUUCACUUACAACCAAUCUAGUUGAAUCAUGCGUUAAAGAUACUAAAGAAAACUACCAGAGAUUCUGGAGACAUAAACUUGAAAACUCAUCCAAACUUACCUUCUACACAAGCAUAAAGGAAGACUAUGAGCUUGAAACUUAUUUGACUACCAUAACUAAUUCAAACCAAAGAAAACAUUUAACACAGCUCCGACUAAGUAACCAUAAACUAAUGAUUGAACUCGGUAGAUACGAAAACAUUCCGCGAGAAGACCGAAUAUGCAAGGUCUGCCAGGCAGGAGAAAUUGAAACGGAACAUCACUUCCUAACAUCCUGUGAAGCCUAUAGUAGUCUCCGAGAAAACUUUUUAAAUAACUUGGAAAGUGAUCCCACCAAUGAAACAGAUUUAAACGAACACAGUUUAUCAGUUGAGAUAAUGAAAUCAACUGAUAAAGAAACCGUGAUAAAAUUAUCAAAAUUUAUCUCUUUAUGUUUUGAGAAGAGAUCUAAAUACCUUGAAGCUCGGAAUGCUGACAGUCAAUAG